CAGUUGGCAGGCACUACAGUUUGGUACAUCAGCCUCGACUGACUGUGAGAGUCAGGGAAGAGUUAAAAAAAGAGAAGAAAGCAAAGAUCACACUACCUCUUCUCUCGCCAUACUUCUCUGUUACACAAAUUAGUCUCUAAAAUCAUGCAGCUCAUGUAGCGAUCAUUACAAAUAACGUCUACACUGAUAAAUGCAUUUAAAAAAAUUCCGUAUUGGUUUCAGCUGUAACAGAAUGUACUGCAACACAUUCCUAUGAUUCGGUUGUUAACAAUGUCGAUACUAUAGUAUAAACAAGAUACUACACGUUUGACAACUCAGGUUUUCAUAGUGUUCAGGUGGGAAGUCCGACAUACCGUGAACACAUCGAAGGAAACACAUUCUGCUUCGUCAUUACGCACAUGGACGUAACUCGUUUGUCCAAUCAGGUGAAGACCUGGAGCUCAGGAAAGAAGCAGAUGAUAUGGCAGCUUUGAGAGCGACCAGGUGGAACUUGCUUUGUUAACACGGCUGAUCAUUAAACACACCGACUCAGAGGCAGCGUGAGGGCAGCUGCUCGAAAUGAUUUACUUAAUAUUGAUUUCCGCGUUCUCUGGAGCAGUCGUUACGUUGAUAGUGCAGUUUUUGUUGAUAUACCGGAGAAGCCCCGAGCCCACAGGCAGGACAGUGCAGUAUGUCAAAGUAGUGCCUGAUAACGCCUUGAAGGAUUACUUUAAUACCCACCACGUCGAACCAGGCCAGCAGCAGGAGGAAAGCACAGCAUCUGCUGCAUCUAAACAGCAAGAGGCCGCCUCCACAAGGCAGCAGGAAGCGGCUGUCACCCAACAGCCGCCACCGCCUUGUCAAAGCGACCCCAGUGAUGCGGCCAAACCCGAGACAUGCAAUUUCCUAAAUGCUAUAUUUUUGUUCCUCUUCAGAGAGCUCCGAGACACCCCCCUCGUUAGACACUGGCUCACCAAGAAGAUCAAGGUGGAGUUUGAGGAGCUGCUGCUGACCAAGACAGCAGGUCGGCUGUUGGAAGGCCUCAGUCUUAGGGACAUAUCCUUAGGCAAUUCUUUGCCGGUCUUUAAAACGGCCAAACUUAUGAAGCCGAUGCAUUUGAACGAGGACGGUAUGCCGGAGGAACUCAACUUCGAGGUGGACCUCGAAUACAACGGGGGCUUCCACCUCGCUAUCGACGUCGAGCUGGUGUUUGGGAAGUCUGCCUACCUGUUCGUUAAGAUGAGGCGCGUGGUGGGCAGGCUGAGGCUGCAGUUCACGCGCAUGCCCUUCUCCCAUUGGUCCUUCUCCUUCCUCGAGGAUCCGCUGGUGGAUUUCGAGGUGAAGUCCCAGUUUGAGGGGAGACCGCUGCCUCAGCUCACCUCCAUCAUAGUCAACCAGUUGAAGCGGGUUAUCAAAAGGAAGCACACGUUACCUAACUACAAAAUCAGAUACAAGCCCUUCUUCCCAUUCCAAGUACAGCCUCCGCUGGGUUCGGCUUAUGAUUUGGACCUGUCAGUCCAGGACAGCAGGCUGGUGGAAGGCCGACUCAAAGUCACUCUAACUGAAUGUAGCAGACUGUUCAUCCUGGGCUCCUAUGACCGAGAAAUCUAUGUUCACUGCACAAUCGAGCUGAGCAGCCACGCGUGGAAGGAGAGGAUUCGCUCCUCCAUCAAACAGACGGAGGUAAUCAAGGGGCCAUGUGGCAGUGUGGGGAUGACAUUCAGGCAUGUUCCUGCCAUCGAGGGUGAUGUAGUCCACGUCAGCAUUGAGACGGUCACACCCAACUCCCCUGCAGCUUUGGCAGAUCUGCAGAGGGGUGAUCGUCUUAUCGCCAUUGGAGGUAUCAAAGUGACAUCCUCAGUUCAAGUGCCCAAACUGCUGAGGCAGGCUGGAGAUAGGGUGGUCAUAUUUUAUGAGAGACCGGUUCGCCAUCAGUCUCCCUCUUUGGGAAGUAUGGGAACUCUUCAGGAAGGGUUGGGGCAGCUAGAAGAAACUGGUUUUAUUCCCCAGCCAGGGGGUUAUGAGGAAGACCCAGCCCCCAUCACCACCCUUUCUGACAUAUCCGAUAGCAAAGACAUGGACUCUGAGUUUGAAGAGCUGAUUGUGGACUCUAGACCUAGCCAGAGUAGUGGCCCUAACAACAGUACCAUGAAUACCGGUGAAACUAAGGAGGAUUUCUUACUUGCUGUAAACCAAAGCCCCAAAAGGACUGUGGCCAACUUGGCCUCAAAGCCCCUUGGUACCAUAUCACCCAUCCUCAACCGGAAGUUAAACCUGGUGGGUCUCCAGUCACCACUAAAGCCUCAGCCCAAAGAAUCACCAAAGCCCUCACCACAUAAGACCAGUGGUUAUCCAGUGGAUAGUCUCCAGCGCCCCACUGUUCCUCCCCCACCUCCUCCCUCUCGCCCUCCGGUGCCGCCAAGACCUCAGAUAAGGUUGACAUCAGCCUCCUCAGAAACCAGUCUUUUGGAAGGUGUUGAUUCUGUUACAAAUACUAAUUCUACUGUUGCUCCUAUUGUGACUACCACCAUCAGCACUUUUGAAAAAUCUCCAGAAAAAGUUCUUCUUGCUGGUGCCAAUGAGGACAAGGCUGGCCCUGAAAAAACGUGUGUCAAACAGUCUGAGGUGAAGCAGUCUACCAGGCCAGCAGAGGCCCGUGAUGAGCCACCAGUCCUUUCCACAAUUACUAGCAGCUGCAAGGUUGAUCAAGCAAAGGACAAAGCUUCAGAGAGCUCCUGCAGCACACGGGACAGUCUAGAGGAACAUUUUUUAUGGAAAUCCCCAGAAACCAUGUUUCGUAACCAGACAGCUCGCUGGCCCAAGGCCUCUGUGAUGUUUGAGGUGGAGAGCAACCAUAAGUACCUUAAUGUGGCCCUGUGGUGCAGGGACCCCUUUAAGCCGGGAAGUUUGCUAUGCCUGGGUCAUGCUAGUAUACAGCUGGAGCAUGUGUCCCUGGAAUGUAUGGCCACAUCUUCAGCUGAGUACCAGAGCACCUUUAGGUUGGGCCCUCCAGAGCCUAGAGCUAAUGUCAGUCGCACUGCACUUCGUAGCCUCAGCACUCACAAGGGAUUCAAUGAGAAGCUGUGUUAUGGUGAUGUUACUCUGAACUUCUGCUACUUAACUGAGGGGGAGUUUGAGUAUCCAGGGGGGCUGGCAGAAAGGGAGAGGGAGGGCAAUCUCCUUGACAAAGAUCUAAGGGAAAGGGAGAAGGAGCAUGUCACCUCAGCACCGCAUGAUGACUUGCCUUACAGUGUCAUUACGUCAGCGGACAUCCGUCACAACUUCCAGGACACUCAGUUCCAGAACCCCACCUGGUGUGACUACUGCAAGAAGAAGGUUUGGACAAAGGCAGCAUCUCAGUGCAUGUUCUGCAGCUAUGUUUGCCACAAGAAGUGCCAGGACAAGUGCCUUGCUGAAAAUCCCUUCUGUGUCGAAGUAACUGAACGUCGUGGAGCUGACCCUGAAGCCAAGUCCACCAUAAACCGGGCCACCACUGGCUUAACGCGGCAUAUCAUAAAUACCAGCUCCCGUCUGCUUAACCUUCGCCAGGUGCCCAAGACCCGGCUAGUUGAGCAGGUGGCUGAUGUGGUUCCUGGAGUGGUGGAACCCUCACCUAAACAAACCCCCAACACUUCAGACAAUGAGAGCAGUGAUACUGAGACAUACACCAGUGGUGCCAGCCCCUCAAAGCAGCCCACCAGCAGUGGUGGAAGUGGUAAACUUGUACGCAAGGAGGGUGGGUUGGAUGACAGCGUGUUCAUUGCUGUAAAGGAGAUAGGCCGUGACCUGUACCGGGGGCUGCCUACAGAUGAGCGCUUUCAGAAGCUGGAGUUGAUGCUGGACAAGUUACAGCAGGAAAUUGAUCAAGAGCUAGAGCACAACAAUGCCCUUAUGCUGGAGGAGAGGGAGACCACAGAUGCACGGCGCAAGGUUCUAAUUAGUACUGCCCUGGCCAAGUCUGGGGAGAGACUCCAGGCCCUCACCUUGCUAAUGAUCCAUUACCGGGCAGGUAUUGAGGACCUGGAGUCAGUGGAGAGCACCUCUCCUUCAGAGCAGCAAGGUUUUAAAGGCAAAGGUGAAGGUCUGGAGGAAGAGGCCCUGAUGGGGACAGAGGUCUAUGACAGUGACACAUGCAGCCCUGUAGAUGUGCAAAUGAUGGAUGAUGUUACUGAAGAGCAGAUCUGUGUGGAAGCACUCCACUAAAUAAGACUCGGCCCAGUGCUUUGGGCCUCCCAGCAAAAUUAUGUCUGUUUUGAGAUUCAGGCAUUUCCCUUGUCCAUUUAAAACACUCGGGAUUUUGAGGUACAGAGUAUGAUUCACUUCCUUUUUACAUGAAAAAGAAGGGAUGGUUAAAGAAAUUUCCACAUGCUACACCCAUCGCUGAUGUCUUGAUUUGCACAGUGUGAUGCUGUUUCCAUCCAGGUACUAUUAUCUGCCCUUUUGUUUUUCUGUGGCUUCAAAAUGUCAUUGAAAGCAUUUAAUUAGUUUUCUUCUAGUCUGUAAGUGCGUUGACAUGAAGACUUUAGAAAAUGCAUAUAUUUCUGUGGUCUACAAUUCUGAAUCAUGUUAAUUUUUAAUGAAGAAAAAUAAUUAUUUGUUUGCUGCAAGUAGCAAGUUCAAAUGAGUGUGAUGUUUGAGUCUAUACCAGUGUCAGCGCUACUAAGGAAAAGCAGGUUUAGACAGUCAUGGUAUUUGUCUAUGGACCCUGUAAACAGUCCUACAGUACAUAUGUUUUGUUUUUAGCCUUUUUAUGUAACAUUUUUGUAUUUUAGAAGUUACUUACCCUGCUCAUAAAGCUCUUUGAGAUUUAAGCUGUUACAUAAUUAAUUUUGAGUGGAAUCUGAUGCAGUGUACCUCUGUCUUAUUUGUUUGUACUGGCUAAGCCAAACAUUUCAUUAUGUGAACCAUACUUUUUUCCUUGGAUGUAAGAAUGUAAUUAUCCUGGGAUCCAUUGUUUUGUUUUGGGUUUUUUCUUCCAUUUUUAAAGGUAUUUUUGUUUUGUUUUGUUUUUGUCUUGCUACGUUACCAUCUGUUCAGCACACCCCUCCAAUUUCUAAAACUCAAAUAAGGCACAUAUCUUGUCAAAACCUUCAUGAGUGCAGUGUGAGAAAGACAUGUAAUUGACUUCUGUGAUUGAUAUCUGAAUGAAUGAAGGUCUUAUGUCUUAUAAUGUUACAAGCAUGUAACAUGUUCUCCAGCAGUUAUAUAAUUGAUCAAUCUGUGUGUGUGUGUGUGUGUGUAAAAAUGCACCAAGUUCAAAGCUGCAAAAUAGCAUAUAAUAGUCUAAAAUAACCCCGCCCCUCGCCCAGUGUCAGCUGGGGUCAACUCCAGUUCCCUUGUGAUCCUCUACAGCGUACGAAGUAUAGAUAAUGGAUGGAUGGAUGGAGAGUCUUAACAUUCUGUAUUAGUACGUAGAAUUAUUAUUUUUUGCAGAAUCACAUUGUUUCUUCACAAAACAUUAGACAUGUAGCCCAGUACUGGUCCACAUCCCAGGGACUGGAAACCACUUUAGGGCUCCUGUGGGACUGACUUUUCCUGAGACAGCUUUAGAUUUGUUUUGCUUAAUGUACAAUGACCAACCAAAUGUAACAUUCAGCCAAUAAGAAAAUAAGACAUCACCCAAAAUGCACUGAACACCCGCUGAGUAAGAGUUAGUAGCAGAUUUGUCCAAUAAUGUAGUACAGCUCCAGAAGGACUCGUCCAGGCUAAUUUGAUAAGAGGAGAAAUCAGCCAGACUUCGUGGAAGUAAGGGCACAUUUCCUGUUCUUUUCUGUCUCAUAGAUGUGUUGCUCAUGUAGAUAUUUGCUUAUUGGCUGCCAUAGUUGUGCAAUAUUUUUGCAGGAAAUCAUAACACUGAUAACCAGGAAUGGAACCCCAUGCCUGUUUUUUCUUUAUCUUUAAAAUGUGUAGUCUGUGUGCUCCUCUGUCUGAUAAGGUCACCUGAGGGGUUUGGGGGACCAGUGACAACCUGAGAGGAGGUGAUCACUCUGUAAACCCCUCUUAUGGCUUGUGAUGCUGCUGCUGUUAGUUUCCUCUUCCACCGAUCUCAUAAUCACACGCUUCUGCCACCCAUCCCCCAGCUUGAAUUUUUGAAACUGCACUUACACCUGCCCACCAUGGCUUUUAACAGGUCAAAAAAGGUGUUUGUUUCUUUUUAUGUAUGUGAGGGACUCUGUAGGCUACAGUUUUUGAAAAGGCUCAUGUGAGGCUUUAUUGUACAUAACCUAAAUAAACCAGCUAAAUGAA